AUGGAGAUCAAGAAAGAGAAAAUUGAUGUAGGCAUCACUUCUAAAGAUGUGAACGCAUCCAAUGUUGAGGUUUUCUUACAGGGUUUAAGUGAGCAAGAGGUGACUGCAAAUAUCGAAUCCAUCAUAGAUGAACAUCCAGAACUUGGUGCAAAGAGAGAGAUUCUGCUGCGUGGUGCAUUACUGGCCAACGAUGGUGGAGAUGUGUUGGAAGACAAAGAACAUAUGUACUCUAAGGAGGAAAUUCAAUCCUUGGAAUUUGAGAAAAAGCAUUCGAUCAGAUCACAAUCGUGGACUAUGUACCUGAUUGCCCUUACUGCGUCCCUCGCUGCAGUUAACUUUGGCCAUGAUGAAAGUGCUGUUGGUGGUGCUCAACUGUCUUUCUUCGAGUUGUUUGGAGUUACUGAUUCCAAUAUUCAAGGCUUACUGAACGCUGCACCCUAUUUAUCUGCUGGAGUGUUGGGUUCUCCAGCAGCUAUAAUCCUUGAUCAUUGGUUUGGUCGCAGAUGGAUCAUAUUCGUGUCAUGUAUCUUUGGUGUUGGAGGUUCCUUAUGGCAAGCAUUCACCCAGUCGAUGGGAUCAAUGCUCGCUGCUAGACUAUUCUUGGGCAUUGGAAUGGGAUUAAGCUCCACUGCUGUUCCAAUGCUCAUUGCUGAAUCCAGUCCCGCAAGAUCCAGAGGUGCUUUCCUCAUGCUUUGGCAAACUUUUGUCGCCUUUGGCGUAAUGUUAGGAAGCAUCUUUAACAGAGCAUUCGUGGAUGUUCCUGGAGAAACUUCGUGGAGACUCAUGAUCGGUGCUUCUUUUGUCACUCCUGUCUUUGUUGCAAUACUCAUUCCUUUUGUUCCGGAGUCACCUCGUUACUUGGUUGCUAGAAAUAGGGAAGCUGAAGCACUUACUGUGCUAGAGAAGUUGAGAAAUGGUAAACUGAGAGGUGCUAGAGACUUUUAUAUCCUCUACUCCUCUUUGAAACAAUCAGGUAAGAUUGAAGAAAUCCCAACUAGUGACCAGAUCAAGCUCUUCUUUACUGAUGGUCGAGUUCAAUAUGCAUUUUUAGUCUCGGCAUUCAACAUGGCUAUGCAACAGUAUUGUGGUGUCAAUAUUCUGGUUGGUUAUACAGCCACUAUCCUGACUGAUUCGGGAAUCGACAGUGUGACUGCUAUUGCAGGAAGCAUUGGAAUUGGUGGUGGAUGCUUUCUCGCCACGUUCUUUUCGUCACAAUGUAUCGACAGGUUUGGAAGAAGAAAGAUGCUUCUUCUCACUUUCCCGGGAUUGGCAUUUUGUCUCUUUUGGCUGGGCGUUUCGUUACAAAUUGAUGAAACAUCCCAAAGAUUGGGGUCUGGAUUGACUUCGAUGUAUCUCUUUGUUGUGGUUUUUGGUCUGGGUAUAGGACCAGUUUAUCCUUUGAAUGUCAGAGCAUUUGGCGUGGCUCUAGGGAUGUCAAUCAACUGGAUUCUGGAUUUUAUGGCGCAAAGUAUGACUAUGAGUGGUGGUCUGUACUUCUAUGGAUCUUUUGUCUUGGUUUUGAGUGUCGAAGAUCAUUAA